AAACGCGCUCUAGCUCUAGCUAGCUCUACCUACCUUUGGCGGCGGGGAUGGCGGAGUCGCCGGAUCCCUACAGUUCCUAUUCGAGUCCCUUGACAAGUAGGUACGCCAGUACUGAAAUGAAAUACAACUUCUCUCCGCGAAAAAAGUUUAGUACUUGGAGAAAACUUUGGCUGUUUUUGGCCAAAGCGGAGAAGGUAGGAUUCCCGACAUAUCGCGAUUUAGCUAAACGGUGGUGGUUUCGCAGGAUUUAGGACUCGAGAUAUCGGACGAACAAAUCCAAGAAAUGGAGAGAAAUAUCACUAACAUAGAUUUUGAGCUUGCAGCUCAGGAAGAGAGGAAAAGAAGGCACGAUGUCAUGGCACAUGUCCACACAUUUGGCCAGUGUUGCCCCAAAGCUGCACCGAUCAUUCACUUGGGGGCAACGUCUUGCUAUGUUGGAGACAACACCGUAAUGGUUUUGACUACAGUAUGUGCAUUAUUGAUUUUUAGAAGCCACCUUCUUUUAGGAUCUGAUUGUCAUUAGAGAUGGCUUGGACCUUUGUCUCCCAAAGGUGGGGCAGAAAGAAUGCACACAUACACACAGACACUAUUCUGGUUUGAUAUUAUAGGUUGCACGCUGCAUCCAAAGGCUUGCGAAGUUUGCAGAGGAAUACAAGGAUCUUCCAACACUUGGCUUUACACACUUCCAGUAUGGAUGUAUAGCUAACCAAAUCCCGUUCAGCUAAAGCCCCUAAUUAUAGACCUGCGCAGCUGACGACGGUUGGAAAGAGGUCCUGUCUGUGGAUCCAAGACCUUCUUAUGGAUCUCCGCAACUUAGAGAGAGCGAAAAAAGAUCUGAGGUUUCGUGGUGCCAAAGGCACAACUGGAACACAGGCAUCCUUUUUGGCUCUGUUUGAUGGAAACCACGAAAAGGUUUAACAUUAUUGCGCUCUUUUUCCUAACCUCUUAGUUGAGGCGUAAUAGGUUGAAAAGCUCGACGCGAUGAUCACAGCAAUGGCUGGAUUCUCCAAUAAAUUCCGUAUUACCGGGCAGACGUACUCUCGCAAAGUAGAUGUUGAUGUGUUGUCUGUUUUGGGAAGUCUUGGAGCAUCAAUACACAAGAUAUGCACAGAUAUACGGUUGCUAGCAAAUCAAAAAGAGCUCGAAGAACCGUUUGAAGUUGACCAGAUUGGUUCCAGUGCUAUGCCAUACAAAAGGAAUCCAAUGAGGAGUGAAAGAUGUUGCAGUAUCGCAAGGCACGUGAUGGUACUAGUCGCUGAUGCUCAGCAAACAGCUGCAGUUCAGUGGCUAGAGAGGUCUCUAGACGAUAGUGCUAACAGAAGGAUAAGCAUCGCGGAAGCAUUUCUAGCGGCUGAUACAAUACUGAACACCUUACAAAACAUAUGUGAGGGUUUGGUUGUUUAUCCCAAGGUGAUUGAAAAACAUGUGACACAAGAGCUACCAUUUCUUGCAUCUGAGAACAUAAUAAUGAGCAUGGUAAAACUCGGAGCCAAUAGGCAGGAAUGCCAUGAACAAAUGAGGGUACUUUCAAUGGAAGCAGGUGCACAGGUCAAAACCUUUGGCCUAGAAAACGAUCUAGUAGAUCGCAUUAAAGCGUCUGAAUACUUCUUACCCAUUCGAGAGAAGUUGGAUGAACUACUGAAUCCUGUGACUUUUGUUGGUAGGGCAACACCACAGGUGGAAGGAUUCUUGGAGAAAGAAGUUUACCCCGCCAUUGAAAGUUACAAGCUGGACCUCGACGCAUCUGCGCAGUUGACGCUCUAACUCUAAGACUUUCUCUAUAUAAAACGCACCUCAUUGUGACGAAUAUCCUGUUUUUAUGCGCAUGCGUGCGUUAUUGAUGACG